UUGCGCUGACACCAUGAGUUUGGAGGCUGAUGAACCCAAGGAAGUGGCCACAGAUGUCUUCAACUCAAAAAGUCUGGCCAUUCAGGCCCAGAAGAAGAUCCUUGGAAAAAUGGUGUCCAAAUCAAUAGCAACUACUUUGAUCGAUGAUACAAGCAGUGAUGUUUUAGAUGAACUUUACAGAGUGACAAAAGAAUAUACACAAAAUAAAAAGGAAGCAGAGAAAAUCAUCAAAAACCUCAUAAAAAUAGUCCUCAAAUUGGCAAUUCUCUACAGGAACAACCAAUUUAAUCAGGAUGAAAUAGCAUUGAUGGAGAAAUUCAAGAAGAAAGUUCAUCAGCUGGCCAAGACUGUGGUCAGUUUCCAACAGGUGGAUUACACCUUUGACAGGAAUUUUUUGUCCAAACUGUUAAAUGAUUGUAGAGAGCUACUUCAUGAAAUCAUUCAGCGUCACCUAACAGCAAAGUCACACGGACGUGUCAACAAUGUGUUUGAUCACUUCUCUGAUUGUGAAUUUUUGGCUGCCUUGUACAAUCCCUUUGGACCUUAUAAACUCCAUUUGCAGAAACUUUGUGAUGGUGUCAACAAAAUGCUAGAUGAGGGGAACAUAUAAGUACUUGUAUUAAAGUUGACUGCCUAUGCAUUAUUUGUAGAUGGAACACUGUUGAUUUAUGAAGGA